AGAUGUCCUUGCACUGCCGAUCUUCAAGCAGGAAGAACCACAGUUGUCUCCUGAGAACGAUGCCAAACUGCCACCCUUUCAGUACGUCCUCUGCACAGCCACGUCACCUGCUGUGAAACUGCACGAAGAAACCCUGACCUACCUCAACCAAGGUCAGUCUUAUGAAAUCCGUCUACUUGAGAAUAGGAAAUUGGGAGAGUUUCAAGAUUUAAACACAAAAUAUGUAAAGAGCAUAAUUCGUGUAGUUUUCCAUGAUCGACGUCUGCAGUACACAGAGCAUCAGCAGCUUGAGGGCUGGAGGUGGAGUCGGCCUGGGGACCGAAUCCUUGAUAUAGAUAUUCCGCUGUCAGUUGGUAUCUUGGAUCCCAGGGCCAGCCCAACCCAGUUGAACACUGUUGAAUUUCUGUGGGAUCCGUCGAAGAGAGCCUCAGCAUUCAUUCAGGUACAUUGCAUCAGCACAGAAUUUACUCCACGGAAACAUGGAGGAGAGAAAGGGGUGCCCUUCCGGGUGCAAAUCGACACCUUUAAGCAGAAUGAAAACGGUGAAUACACAGAACACUUGCAUUCUGCAAGCUGCCAGAUCAAAGUGUUCAAGCCUAAAGGAGCAGACAGAAAACAGAAGACUGACAGGGAAAAAAUGGAGAAGAAGACCACCCAAGAGAAGGAGAAGUAUCAGCCUUCCUACGAGACAACUAUUCUCACAGAGUGCUCUCCAUGGCCAGAUGUGCCUUAUCAAAUGAACAAUGCUCCAUCUCCAAGCUACAACAGUUCUCCCAACAGCUUCAACCUUGGAGAUGGCAACAGUUCUCCAACCCACCAAGUGGAGCUCCUGCCUCCCAGCAAUGAUCAUCUCCUUCCUUCUGCUUCUAUUCAAGAUGCCCAGCAGUGGCUUCAUCGUAAUAGGUUCUCUCCAUUCUGUAGACUCUUCUCAAGUUUUUCGGGUGCUGACUUACUGAAGAUGUCCAAAGAAGAUUUUGUUCAAAUCUGUGGGCCUGCUGAUGGAAUUCGGCUCUUUAAUGCAAUCAAAGGAAGAAAUGUAAGGCCCAAGAUGACAAUUUACGUCUGUCAAGAGCCGGAGCAAAACAGGUCCCAUCUCCACCAAAAACGAGAAAAUGGAGAUGGCAGUCUUUGUGUAUAUCAUGCGAUCUUCUUGGAAGAAUUGACCACACUGGAGUUAAUGGAGAAGAUUGCAAACUUGUACAGCAUUUCUCCACAGCAGAUAAAUCGAAUCUAUCGGCAGGGACCCACAGGGAUCCACGUAUUAGUGAGCAACGAGAUGGUGCAAAACUUCCAAGAUGAAUCUUGUUUUGUCAUCAGCACAUUAAAAGCUGAAAGCAAUGAUGGCUACCACAUCAUUUUAAAAUGACCGUGCUGCACAGAAAGACUUUAACAGCCUAAAAUUUAGUGCCUCACUGAGAUUACUACAACCUAGACUGGAAACAUGAAGAACCUUCUGGAUAAAAUACUCCUAUGAACUAAGAAUUACCAAGCAGCUUAAGGAAAACUUGCUUUUACAGAUAUACAUUUUAGGUGGUGUGUGGUUUUGGUUUUGGUUUUUUUGAACCUGGAGCUGAGAGCAUCCUCAAAGCUUGUACAUGUUUCUUCCUCCAUCCCUCCCUUCCUCUUCAGCCUUAAAAAUUGUCAAGGUUUCUGCUUGUUACUUAGAAAC